ACGUCAAGAGGAUAUUGAGGGCUUUGGCGACGUCAAAAUUUAUCAACAUUAAUUUUUUUUAAAAAAAAAUCCCAUUUUUCUCGCUUCCCAUUAAUCGCCAAUUCCUCUGCUAUUUAAGCCUCCAUCUUCGGCGGUUUCAUGAGAGGCCCCAAGACGAAGAAUUUAGACAAAAGAUUGUAGAGAGAGUGAGAGUGCGUGGGGUCUCUGGUCGCCGGAGAUGAUGAUUGCCUGUCUUGAGCGUUUCGUUCACGAAAACGACGCCGGAAAGGCGCCGGAGGACGACGACGACUCCACCGCCCUCUGCAGCGGUCUGGAGCUCCAGGGAGUGAGCAUGGAUUAUGGCUCUUCCGUGGCGAGUAAAGAUUUUGGCGGGCUUCGGGCAGUCAAGCCGUUGGCUUUCGUCCGGCCGGCGGGGGCGGAGGACGUGGCCAAAGUGGUGAAGGCGGCGGCGAGGACGUCUAAUCUGACGGUGGCUGCGAGAGGAAACGGCCACUCGAUCAACGGCCAGGCAAUGGCCGAGGGCGGCCUCGUCGUGGAUAUGACAUCGCUGGAGGACGCAAUCCAGGUCGUCCGAUUCGACGGCGCCUACUACGCGGACGUCUCCGGCGGGGCGCUUUGGGCGGACGUCUUGAGACGCUGCAUCGCCGACCACGGCAUGGCGCCGAGGUCGUGGACGGACUAUCUCGGUUUGACGGUCGGCGGUACGCUGUCGAAUGCCGGCGUUAGCGGACAGGCGUUCCGUUACGGCCCGCAGACGUCGAACGUGUCAGAGCUGGAGGUCGUCACCGGGAACGGCGACACCGUCGUCUGCUCGGAGAGUCACAACUCGGAUAUUUUCUUCGCCGUUCUGGGCGGUCUUGGGCAAUUCGGCAUCAUCACCAGAGCUAAGGUUUUGCUCCAGACCGCGCCGGACAUGGUGAGAUGGAUAAGGCUGGUGUACGUCGAGUUCGACGAGUUCGCUCGGGACGCCGAGUUCCUCGUGACCCGCUCGGACGGCGAGUCGUUCGACUACGUCGAAGGCUUCGCAUUCGUGAACAGCGACGACCCGGUAAACGGCUGGCCGUCUGUGCCCCUUGACCCGAACCAGGCCUUCGACCCGACCCGCCUCCCUUCCACCGGCAGCCCCGUCCUCUACUGUCUCGAAGUCGCCUUGAAUUACUACGGACACGCGGACGGUCCCUCCGGCGUUGACCAGGUGGUGGAGGGGAUGCUUGAACGGCUGAGAUUCUGCAAGGAUCUGAGGUUCCACGUGGACCUCAGCUACGAGGAGUUUCUCUUGCGUGUGAAGCAGGCGGAGGAGCACGCCAGGAUGAGCGGAAUCUGGGACGCCCCCCACCCGUGGCUCAACAUCUUCGUGUCCAGCCGAUGCAUCGCUGAUUUCGAUCGUGUGGUCUUCAAGAACAUCCUCAAGAAGGGCGUUGGCGGGCCCAUGCUGGUCUACCCUAUGCUGCGUAGCAAGUGGGACGAGCGGACCUCGGUCGUGCUGCCGGACGGCGAGAUCUUCUACAUCGUGGCGUUGCUCCGCUUCAGUCCGCCGUAUCCGAAGGGGCCGCCGGCGGAGGAGCUGGUGGAGCAGAACCGCCAAAUAAUCCGGUGUUGCGUGGAGAACCGCUUCGAUUUCAAGCUCUACCUCCCUCACUACAGCUCCCAGGAGGAGUGGAAGCAGCAUUUCGGGAAUCAAUGGAUGAGAUUCGUGGACCGGAAAGCCAGGUUAGAUCCGAUGGCGAUCCUCGCCCCCGGCCAGAAGAUAUUCUCGAGGAACGAUGGUCAACCCUAGCAAGCGAGCCCCCAUUGCGGAUGAUGAUUUAAAUAUCUCUGGUUCAAUUGUUCCAUCUCCUUUUCUUUUUUAAUUAAUUUCCAUUAUUAUUAUUUCGAUCGGCAUUGUUUGCUGUUGAUUUGCGUCAGUUGGGUGGGGUCCAUGGCGGUCGAUUUGUUCAGAAACGAAUUAAUUCAACCAAUGUAAAUGAAUAUGUCGAUAAAUUAAAUUUUGAUGAUCUUUC